CGCUCCGCCUGCUAUGUAGUGCUCCAACAACUUAAACAUCAUCGAUCUAUUCACUGUGUCUACUUGAACCGAGAUGCCUAUCCAGCAACCAUCAAAUCAAAUAAAGCUCACAAAUGUAUCUAUCGUACGCUUGAAGAAGGGCGGUAAACGAUUUGAGAUUGCCUGCUACAAAAAUAAGGUGCAGGAAUGGAGAAACGGAGUUGAGACGAAUUUAGAUGACGUCCUCCAAAUUUCGAACGUCUUUAUGAAUGUAUCCAAAGGCGAGGUUGCCAAGUCUAAUGAUCUCCAAAAAGCAUUUGGUACCUCGACGGUAGAUGACGUCGUGAAGGAGAUCUUAAAGAAAGGGGAAGUACAAGUGGCGGAGAAAGAACGUGAUCACGAUCUUGCUUCCCUCCGCAAGGAGAUUGCUACAAUAGUCGCUGAGAAAUGUGUCGAUCCGGCUACUCAACGUCCAUAUCCUGUCGGAAUGAUUGAAAAGGCUAUGGCAGAAGCAGGCGUGAGUGUGAAAGCGGGCAAGAAUGCUAAGAGUCAAGUAGCGGAAACACUGCGACUCAUCCAGGGUCAUUCAACGCUACCGAUUCAACGUGCAAGGAUGCGGGUACGUAUCGUUCUCCCGGCUGCUGAAGGAGAACGGUUGCAGGAGCAGCUUCGUGCGUUGGCUGAGACAGUCGAGAAAGAAGACAAGGGGGAAUCCUGGGAAACUGUAUGCGUUUUUCAUCGUCUUAUUGGAAAACUUUGACGAGAUUGUUUAGGUUAUGCUUAUCGAGCCCUCGCAAAUCCGCACGAUCAAUGAACUGUUGCAGAAGGAGUGCAAGGGAAAGGGGCGCGUUGAGACACUUACUUUUGCCGCAACCGCCGAUAACAAUUGAAUUAUUAAUUAUUGCAUCGGUGUAUCCUCCCGAUGUUCAAUUAUGCCGACCGGAACAAGCUGACAUUCGUCCAUGGGUGAACUCCCCUCUAUAGCAGAUCUUAUUGUUGAUUCUAAUUUCAAAACAACCGAUGAAGUCUUUGCUGUUCUAGGCAUCGUCAUGAGGUCACGUAGUUAUUUGGAUCCAAAGUUAUAACUUAUAUUGCUUGGUUCGCCAUGUCCAUUAG